UGAACCUUAUAAUAAGAAGUGAAAAAAAAAAAAAAAGGGAAAGUUCUGCUGGAAAGGACAACAAAAAUUCCUAAAAAGUGCAAGUAAAUAGUUCGAGUGCUUUUUUGUACUCGGAUGUCGGGAGUCCAUACUAUUGCUGAAAUUUAUCUUGCAAUAUGAACCUAGGCAAAGGUAUACAUAUUGACAUCUACAAGAUGAGGAAAUCCGCAGCAGAUGAGAAGAUUCUCAGCUACAACGAUGCUGUACUCAGACGAUCAGAUUUGGACAUUCUCAGCGGUCCAUAUUUUCUAAACUAUCGCAUCAUUGAAUUUUAUUUCAGCUAUCUUCCGUCAUGUUAUCCUUCCGAGGAGUUCGUACUUGUUUCACCUUCAAUUGCUUUCUGGAUAGCAAACUGCCCAGACAUCGAAAGUUUCAAGGAUUUCGUAGAACCCCUUAAUCUCUCUAGUAAGAAACUGGUAAUCUUUCCUGUCAAUAACAACGAUAACGUGACAGAAGCCGAAGGUGGGAACCGCUGGAGCUUACUUGUGUUUGAGAGAAAUGCAAAUGUAUCUGUGCAUCAUGAUAGCUACGGAGGACUUAAUGCUGGGCAUGCCAAACAGCUUUACAGAGCUAUUGUUGGAUAUAUGGGGAUCUCUGAUAUGGCAUCAGCUUGUAAAUAUGUUGUGCGCUCUAAAACCCCACAGCAAGUGAAUGGCUACAAUUGCGGUCUAUAUGUUACAACUAUUGUGAAAGCCAUAUGCAGCUGGUAUGAAAGCAAAAGUGAACCAAAUGAUGAAGAUGGGUUGUGGUUGUCUACGAUGAAUGAGCAGGUUAAUCCAUCUGUUGUUGACAAGAUGCGCACAGUAAUUUUGGGGCUAGUAAAAAGCUUAAUGUCCAUGCAGUGAAAAUCUUGAAUUGCAUUGGUGUUGGUUCAAGAUUCAGGAAUUGCAAGUCUUUUUUUCCUGUGACUGUUGGAAUAGAUUGUAGAUUUUAACUUAAUAGAUUAUAGUUUAUAGUUGGAUUAUAAAUUUAAGUUUCAGAGAGUAGUAUUUGUUUAGGUAAGUUAUAAAAUGACUUUUUUGUUGUGUAAUUGUUUUUUUUUACCCUUAUUAGUUAUAGAGAUUCAGGAAUAGAGGAAAAACGAGGGAUGGACCCUUUAUACAAGAGCGUGAUGGUAAUAUUUGAAAAAAGAGGAGAUAUUUAAGUGAA